GGUUUGGAUCAGUUCUACAGGAAGAAACUGUCACUCAGCAAGAUACUGGAGAUCAAUGAGAAGAUCAUCAAUGAUGAGCCUCCAAAGUGUGUCCCUCUUUUUCCCAGAUUACCCUCUGUGUAUUUAACCCUACUUGUGCCAUCUGCCCCUUGUCGAAUCCUUGUCAUGUGUAUCCCAUGAAUCUACCUGUGUCUCUGUUCCAUGCUUAUCUGUGCUUCCAGGAUUUCGUGUACUUUAUCAUUAAAAUCAUAACUUCACACUAAACCUGGGUCCACCGCGUUAUUCCUCACCACUACAAUUCCUCAAUUCAUGACACCUUCUUCACAUAAUCAUCUCAAGAACAGAACCAGCCGUCUUUAUCAGGCAUUUCAGCUUUUUAAGGUCUCUGGCUCUGAUGCUGCUGCAGACCUUUGUUGCAUCAAUUCAUUGUUGCUAAUGCUAAUUGUGGUAAAUGUCUUCAUAUGUUUUUGCAUUAACAAAGUACACUGACUUUCAUAGCAGCUGAUCUUUGCGUUUUACUAAAAUAAAUAAAAAACAAAUGCAGAGCUUCUCAAUCAUCAACUUUAGUUGAAAAACAAUUUUCUAAAAGAAAAUACAUAUUAUAAGUCAUCCUCAAUCGUUUUUCUUUUUUGUUGAAACGUCUGCAGUUUUCACUUGAACAAUUUCAUUAUGGUAAAUGUUACAUGUUUUGGAUUAACUUGGAUUUUACCAAAUUUCCAGAUACUAACAGUUUUUGUCAGCCUGAAAACAAUGUUAUUCAAUUUUACAUUGUUUUUCUGCAGUACACUGAAGACCAGUAGUGUGGUAAAAUAUGCUGCACACUGGCAGCUCUACCUUGGUCAGUUUUUGGUCAAUGCUCAAGACAACAAACCUGGACAAUUUUUGAAUCUGGUGGAGAAGUUGUAUAAGACAGUGGAAGUGUUUGGUAUUGAAAUUUAAAUCAGCAGUGAACCAUAAAUCCUGCUGGACUCUUUGGUUGCACAUCAAGGUGGAAGCCACAUCUCUCAGGAAGACAAAAAGACCUUUGACCUUUUCAAAAUCUCAACAAUUGAGCUUGUUAGCAAAGAUAAAUUGUCAAAAUGCCAGUGAUAAUGUUUUUUAAAUAAAUAAUGAACCUGGAUCACUGUGGUACCUGUGAAAUUGUUGAGUUUCUUCAAGUCAUAGAAUAAAAGUCAAAGGUCAAAACUAAUUUAAGUCAAAGCUGGAGGAGUUAAAGGAUUUUUACAAACCCUUAAAGGGAGGAGUUGUUGCACAGAUGGCCAGAGAUGAUGAAUAUUAUGGACUUAUCAAGAACUGUAUUUUAUUAGUAAAAUAAUCACAGUUGUUGAGAUCAUGUAUAUAUGAGACAAUUUGUUUUUAUCCUUCCAACAAGUCACAGAUGUAUCAUAGUUAACAAUUUCCACAUUUCAAAGCUGUAGUGGAAGUUUUAAUUUAUUGCUAGUCUACAAAUAAAUAAGAUUUUAAUCUGUAUCAGAUUGUUGGGAACUUAAACAAAGCUGAUAUAUCGGAAUGCUUUAAAAAACACCAAAAAUAAUGGUUGUAAUGUAGUUAGUAUAAAUUGGACCAAGUAUAUUUUAAUAAUCAUAUGACUGCUGCCUUUUUAUCAGCAUUGUACAAACAAAGCUCUUCUGUAAAUUAAUCAAUUUAAUUUAUAACUGUUAAUUUAUAACUUGCAAAUUUUGAUCUCUUAGAGGAGCUAAUAUAGAAAAAUUAUGUAGAGUUAGCCCCCAUUAACUAUUUUGAUUGUUAAAGUAUUCUACACGUUAAACCGCUAUUAUUAGUGUUUAUUUAGCAUGACAGUAACAAAUUAGAUUAUGAUAUACCCCAUAAUCCUGUGGUGACAACUACAGUUUUAAAAAGACCCUGUUUGUCUAUUUCCUCCAGUAGAGACCCGAACAGUACUGUGGCUCAGCUGCUUUGGACAUUAUACACACCAUAUUAUUCAGUUUAAUUCAGCUCAUUUUUAUAGCACCAAUUCACCACAAAUGUGACAACAAUUUGUGGUCACAUUGUUGUCAGCAGCACAGAAAAGCAUAUCUUUUCUGUGCUGCUGUAUUACUGUAGUAAAGUUUGAUUGAUUCAGUUAUAAAUUACUUUGAUGAUGAAGUGAUAAGGAAGAGAGGUAACCACAAACAGAAAGCAAAAACUAAAGUUGAUGUUAGUGAACUGAUGCAGGUUUCCUGAAGAGUAGAAACCGAUCUGUGAAGUACUUGAAAGCAGAGUCACAAAUUAGUAGAAUAAUCUCAAUGAGGAAGUUAAUUAUCAAGGUUUCAUUCUGAAGUCAAGACAUCUGAUAAGAAGGAAGAUCAUACCAUUGAUUGUGUUUGGGAUUUACCCCAGACCCAUGGAGGAAAAGGACUGAACUGAAAGCAGAACAAGAAACUGGUAAAUAUCUCUGAAUGCACAGCUUUACCUCAGUGGUAUGAUGAGAAUCUAGGAAGGAGGAAAUUCAACAAAACUGGGCGUCAAACUGAUAUCAUAGAUAAACUCACUGUAGAUCAGAAUGUUUCCUCUUAUGCAGUGAAGUAAGAAAUGAGGAAACACAAGAACAUUUUGAUCUUGAUGGCUGAGUAAAAACUGCAUCUCCAAUAAAUAAUAUUGGAUCCAAAGUAAAGUUCAGCCUAUUGUUUGUGAAUCCAGUGUUCAUACUGGCUCAAAAGUAAAACCAGCUGCUGGUCAAUCCUCCAACGCCACGUCGCAACACAGACUGAUCAGAAACUAACUGAUGCUCUAAUCCAGGUCCAGGUAAAGAUCCUUCAGGAGAACAUCAGGCGUCUCAUCAGGAACAUGGCCAGAUGUUGUCUGAAGGUCAUGCACACACAUGGAGGCCACACACACAUGGAGGCCACACACACUACUGAGCCUCAUUUAGACUGAGGAAAUUGACUGAAUCAAUCUGUCAUGUUGUUUUAAACUUUCAUAGUGAGCAUGAAUCCAAAUCCAGAUUUCCAAAAUGAAAUAAUGUUGAUUUACAAUGAUCAUUUAUGUUAUUUUCUUCUCAUUCAAUUUCACUGUGAUAAUAAUAAAGAUUUUCAAUUAGAAUAUUUAAUUAAUUGAGUUCUAGGAUGUUAUUUUAAUGUUCACUUUAAUUUUGUGAGCGGUGUAUAAAACUGUUUGCACAGGUCCAAACAUUUUCUUUGUACAUUCUCAUCAUUUUAGAAUUGAGGAUUUGUGAAUAAAUGACAAACUCCAAACUUUUCAUGCCUUAAAAUCAAUUGAAGUCUGAGCUGAAGGUGUUACAGCAGCAUUAUAAAAACCUUAGAGAGUGAUGUGUCUUAUUUUAUUGAUCAGAUAGCCAAAGAUAACGAGUAUGAUGGAUCAAACUCUAGUUUGUCUAAAACUACAAAUUAAAAACAAUAUAUAUAUAUAAAAAUACAAGCUUUUAUGCACUUUUAAGUAUGUACUAUGAUGUUAGAAGUGACACAGGCAAACCUCAUGAUGUAAAUGUGAAAAAGAACUUAAGUCCAUCUUGAAGAAAAUGGAUCCAUGCUGGCAACAACAUUUCAUGGCACUCAGUCCAGUGGACCAUAAAUCCUGCUGGACUCUAUGGCUGCACAUCAAGGAGGAAAACAGAAAGACCUUUGACCUUUUCAUUAGAUCAACAAUAGGUUUUAUCAGCAAAGAGAAAUUGUCAAAAUUGGAAUGAUAGUGUUGUUAAGUAAAUAAUGUCAAUGUGAAUAUGUUGAGUUUUAUUAAGUCAGAAUAAAAGUCAGAAGGUGAAAACUGAUUGGAGUCAGAGAUGGAGAAGUUAAAGGAGAAUUGCAAAGCCUUAGAGAGAAGAGUUGUUGUACAGAUGUCCAGAGAUGAUUAAUAUUAUUACAAUAAUAAUAAUAAUAAUAAUAAUAAUAAUAAUAAUAAUAAUAAUAACUACUUAUUAGGAUGUCAAAAUGUGUCAGAUUGUUGGGGAUUAAAAACAACAAAAUAAUAGUUUUAAUGCAGCUGGUUUGAAUUGGACAAAGUAUAUUUUAAUAAUCAUGUACAAACAAAGCUCUUCUGUAAUUUAAUCAACUUUACCUGUUUUAAUUAUGAAUUACAUUGAUGAUAAAGUCAGGUAGAGUCAAUUAAAGAACAAAAACAAAAGUUAAAGUUGAUGGUAUUGAAUUGAUGCAGGUUUCCUGCUUUGUAUUACAAACCUCAGGCGAAAGUAUCGGUAUGCCAAGUAGUGGAAACCAGAGUUACAAAUUAGUAGAAUAAUUUCAAUGAGGAAACCUGCAUUCUUGAGUUUGGGAGCCUGUUAAGAAGGAAGAUCAUACCAUUGAUUGUGUUGGGGAUUUACCCCAGACCCAUGGAGGAAAAGGACUGAACUGAACACAGAACAAGGAACUGGUAAAAAACUCUGAAUGCACAGCUUCACCCCAGUGGUAUGAUGAUCAUGUCCUUAACUGUAAACAGAUUAGAUCCAGUUGUUUCACUUAAAUCCAAAAGUGAAAGUAGAAUCAAGGAUAUAAAAGGAGUUGGCUGCUGUCCAGCUCUCAGACAGAACUGCUGCUCUACAGAGUCGCUGCACUACAGAACUUCCUUCAAGGUAAGUGUUUUGAUUAUGUUAAUAAAGCAUCUCUUUAUGAAGGUUGAUUCACUUAUAUAACUGAAUAUAAUUUUUUAUUGAAACAUAUAUAUAUGUUAGUAAUGCUACGAUCAGGUUUUUGCUUCUGAUCACAGUCACCAGUGAGAGGCAAUCACUGAUCAAUGCUGAUCACCUGGAUUGGAUGUAAAUUUUUCGCUUUAGGUAUAAAUGCUACUACAGUGGUUUGACUGGUGGAUUCUAUUUAUCAUCAUCAGUUAUUUAGGAUGACAUUGGAUCAUUUCAGAGAUCCUCACUGAACUUCUGGAGUGAAUUGGCUGCACUGAAAGUAAAGGGUUCGAAUAAUAUUGCACGCCCCACUUUGCAGUUUUUAUUUGUUAAAAAAAGUUUAAAAUAUGUAAUAAAUUUUGUUCCACCUCACGAUUGUGUCCAACUUGUUGUUGAUUCUUCACAAAAUAAUAAAAACUUUAGAUCUUUCUGUCUGAAGCCUGAACUGGCAAAAGGUUGAAAAGUUCAAGGGGGGCGAAUCCCUUCGCAAGGUUCUGUAUGUGAUCAGGAAAAAUGGGAAAAAUUUACCUAAUGUAAACAAACCAUGCAAAAUACUUGCAGGCACAAUACAUCAGAUACUCAGUCAAAAGAACAACUGAAAAACCUGCAAUUAGUUAAUAUUUGACAGUAAUGUUCACAGUACCCUAAGUUAUGCAUGAGUCAAAUCAAUCUCAAAACACUGCCUAUAUCAAAUACUGUCAACGUAAAAUGCAGGUUGCAUCAAAAUAAACAAUCAAAAAAUUACUAAAUCAGAACUUCCAGAGAGCAUGGCUAGCUGAUUAAUGCUGGUUCUGACUGGUUAUUUCUGACCUCGCUGAGUAAUUCUGCAGACUGCCAAAUGGAGGCAGAGGAAAUGUUUUUUUAUUAUUAUUUCAGAGAUUAUCUGUUUAAUGUUAGGACAUAACAAAAGUUUAUGUAAAAUCUUUUUUGCUUAAGUUACAUUCUGCAGCUUGAAGCAGAUGUUUGGUGUGAGAGUUCACUGCUGGGUGGAGUUUAAACGGUGCUACAUCUGUGAAAUAUUACUACCAAUCCUAACUUGUUGACUUAAAUUAUUUUUCAGGUUACUUGCUUAGCUUUCUGACCAUCAUGCUCUUCCAGCCUGAUCCAUUCAUGUGGAGACAGUAGAGCACAAAAAUUGCAGUUAACUUCGUAUCUUCCCAACACCUGAUGGCAAAAUGGACAUCUUGACUCUGAUCUAUAUCUGUAUGGUAUACAUCGCAUUACUACUGAUAGGUCAACUCAAAUCUCGUAAACCCCCAGAGCGAACCCGUCAGAAUCCAAAAGGAAGUCCAACAGAAAGAACAGAGACAACCAAUCAGCAUGACUGUGAUAAUAAAGAGUCCGCUCCCACAACGAAGGGAACCAGCACUGGAGGUGAAUCUGAGACUCUUAAUGGAGAGACAAGAGAGGAACCUUCAUCAACAUCUGCUGAGUCUGAUGACAAGCCAAAGGAUGGUACAGAUGGUGAAGAGACAAGCUGCAUAAAUACUCAACACAACUGUGAUGAGAAAGUUUCCGCUCACACAAUGGAGGAACCCAGCACUGAAGAUAAAUCGGAGGCUCCUAAUGGUGAGAGAGGAGAGGAACCUGCAUCAACAUCUGCUGAGUCUGAUGUUAACAAUCCAAAUGCUGCUACAGAUGAUAAAGAGAUAAACAAUCAGCAUGAGUGUGAUAAUAAAGAGUCCGCUCCCACAACGAAGGGAACCAGCACUGGAGAUGAAUCUGAGACUCUUAAUGGAGAGACAAGAGAGGAACCUUCAUCAACAUCUGCUGAGUCUGAUGACAAGCCAAAGGAUGGUACAGAUGGUGAAGGGCCCGACUUGACGCUUUUGGAGGAUCUGGGAUUGCAUCAGUUCUACAAGGAGAAACUGUCACUCAGCAAGAUACUGGAGAUCAAUGAGAAGAUCAUCAAUGAUGAGCCUCCAAAGUGUAAAUCUGAUCUUCCAUUGUAUUUUCUUAAGAAACUAAUGAUGGUGAAUGUAACAGCUAGAAAGAUAAAAUGCACCUCAGAUUCCAAGUCCAACAGUGAUGAUACAUUAAGUGAUCAGUGUGAUUUUAAUUAUCUAUUCGCAAGUCUUAAUGUGAAUGACUCUCUAAAUCCUCUUGAUAUAAUCACUGCUCUCUUCCUGUGUUCUGAUGGUUUUGUCCAUCAAGAAUUCGCUCUAAAAAUGUCCAUGUGUCAGUUCUCUGUUCCUCUGCUGCUUCCUAACUGUGAUACACAGCAGUGCACCCUCAUGCUGUGGGCCAUGAGAGACAUUGUUAAGAAGUACAGACCUUCAAAUCUUUCAGAAUCAAAAGGCUUCAUAGAAGAAAGAAUAGCUCUUUCUGAACUUCCAAUGAUCUCAUUUGUGAGACUGGGUGAGUGCUCUCUGUCCAAAUCAGAGAUCCUCAAUAAACUUCUGAGUAACUCUGAGCAAUACCAUGACACCUUUGUUCACCACAACAUGGAGUGUGGAGACAGUCCGAGAAGAAUAUCCAAUGGACUGACUGAAAUGACCUGGUACCUUCCCUGUGGAAACAAAAACAUGGACAUCUUCAGUGAACCAGUUGCUAUAGCUAACCUUCGUGGAGACAUUGCUUCAUUUGAAACUCAAUUCUCCUUUUUGUGUCAAACAUCUGCUGCAGUUUUUGUUUUCUUUGACCUGCUGGACUCUGAGUGUGAACUACCGACUAUCAAAAACCACAAAGCACAAAUCUAUUUGGUGGGAAACCAAAAAAACAAGAGCCUUACUCCAGAUGUUCUGAAGAAAGUAGCAACCAGUCUGGGUUUAACAAAAAACAGUAUAAUUAUGAAAACUAGAAAAACAAAUGAUGCAGAUUUUGUCAAAUGUUUGAAGGAAAUUGUGAGCAGUGUACUUGCCAAACCACAGUUGAAGAUGUCAAUAGAGCAGAUGGCUGAAGUUGCUCAUGAAUUAAAAAUUCCAGUUGAUGAAGAUUCUCCAGAGUGCCAGGCUGGAAAGAAAAAUGCAGAUGCCAUCGCUGCAGAGAUAAAAGAUACUUUUCAAUUCAAAGAAAAUCAGUUUCCCUUGCAAGGUCAAAUAUGGAAGGAACUGACAUUUUUGGAAAAGGAAGAAUCUCGUCUCCGAAAAGUUGGUUCUGAAGACAUAGAAAACUAUAAGAGCAAUCUUAAAAAGAAAAGAGAAGAGCAACGUAAAAAACAAAAUUCCUAUGCAAUGUCAAGUGUAAUGACGUGUUUCAUUAGUGCAAUAUCCAGCCCACAUAGAGAAAGGUGUUACUUUCUGAAAUGGAUAAGAAUGAACCUCGACAACUUGUCUAGAACAAAACUUUCUGGCCUUAGGGAGCUUUACAAGGAAAAAUGCAAAGAUUCUGAAAACAAACAAGAGAUCAAAGAAAUCGACCAACAACUUUCCAGCAGCUCACUGGGAGUUGAGCACUUCUUCCGUGAAAUGGGUCAGAUCUAUGAAGCUUCUCUUUACCUUCCAGAAACAGAUCCAUCAUGUCAACAGCUGCAACAUCUGCCCAAACUCUGUGCUCAGUUGUUGCUGGAUGGAUUUCCUCUUGAGCUUGUAGAUGGAGAUGCUUCCAACAUUCCUCUCAGAUGGGUGAGUGAUGUUCUCUCUCAGCUCAAUGACUUGGUGUCUCCAAAGAACAAGAUCCUGGUCGUCACAGUUCUUGGAGUUCAGAGCACAGGGAAGUCCACUCUCCUUAACACCAUGUUUGGAGUCCAGUUUGCAGUCAGCAGUGGUCGAUGCACUAGAGGUGCCUUCAUGCUGCUCAUCAAAGUCAAUGAAGACUUCAAGAAAGUUCUCAACUGUGACUUCAUGAUGAUCAUCGACACUGAAGGCUUAAAGUCACCAGAGCUAGCACAGCUGGACAACAGCCAUGAGCAUGACAAUGAGCUGGCAACACUUGUUGUUGGUCUGAGUAAUAUCACCAUUAUCAAUAUUGCAAUGGAGAAUUCAACAGAGAUGAAAGACAUCCUGCAGAUAGUGGUGCAUGCUUUCCUCAGGAUGAAGGAGGUCGGCAAAAAGCCUCAAUGUCAGUUUGUUCACCAGAAUGUUUCUGAUGUUUCAGCUCAUGACAAGAACCUGAGAGACAGGAAGCUGCUGUUAGAACAGCUGAAUGAGAUGACCCAGGCAGCAGCUAAAAUGGAGAAAAGAGAAGAGAACAAGAGCUUCACUGAUGUGAUGGAGUAUAAUCCAGACACUGGGAACUGCUACGUUCCUGGACUCUGGAAUGGAAACCCACCAAUGGCUCCAGUCAAUGCAGGAUACAGUGAGACUGUCUAUGAACUCAAGAAAAACAUCAUCCAACAGCUGGGAAAGUGUGAGUCAACUUCUAAUAACAUCUUGGAGUUCACAGAGUGGAUAACCAGCCUGUGGAACGCAGUAAAACAUGAAAACUUCAUCUUUAGCUUCAGAAACAGCCUGGUGGCUGAUGCUUACAUGAGGCUCUGCACAGAGUACAACCAAUGGGAGUGGGAGUUCAAAAAGGAAAUGUACAAAUGGGUUACCACAGCAGAAACAAGAAUUUCCAAUUUUGGUUCAUUUACUGCAACAUCUGAAAUAUCUGACAUGAAUGAAUUCAUGACCGAGUUGAAAAGUGAAGCAAUCACAGAGCUGACCAAGUGGGAAACAAAGAUCCUUGACAGUCUGAAGAAAUACUUUGAUCAGCCAGAAGGUCAUGUUUAUCUGGUUGAAGGAUACAGAGAGGAAUUCUCCAACAGCAUUAAGAGUCUUCGACGACAAACUGAAAGAUCAGUGUUCAACCAGAUCACAGCAGCAGCUGAUAUUAAGAAGGGAUUGAAAGAACUCGACAAAAUCAGGGCCACUUAUACAGAAAAAAUUGAGAAAGCAGUUUGUGAUUUAAUUAAUGAAUAUCAUGAGAAGAAACUUCCAAUGACUGACAAAGAGCUUGAUGAAAGUUUUAAUAAUAUGUGGACUGAAACACUGAAAACCUUGUCUUUCUCUGAACAGCAAACUUCAAAUAUCUUCACCAGUGUGUCCCAUCAGUUACAAACAAAUCUUUCUCCUAAGGGAAGCCAUGCAUGUGAACUGCUGAGUAAAAAAAAAAUCAAAAACUGUGGACUGGAGCCUUUCAUUUACACACCCAAAGGAUUAAUAGACAACUUUAAAGGAUGGUUUACAAAGCAUAAAAAAGAAAGACAAGAAAUUGCUGACAGCAUCAUAUCUGCUUGCAAUGACUCUAUAAGUGAUAAAAUCACGAGAAAAACCAAUUAUCAUGAUACUUACAUCCAGGAGAUUCUUCACAUCAUUGAUAAGAGGCUGAACAAAACUGAUGUUGACAUAGACAUUGAGUUUGAAGUGUCUCUGAAACAACACAUCUGUGGAUCUGCAGCCAGAAAGUUUCAGAAAAUGCAUGAAGAAUUUAUACAAGAAAAUGAUCCUUAUAAAUGUCUGCAGAAAAACAAGGAAAGGUUUUGCACAGAUUUCAAAGAUGUCUUCCACAAACGAGAUCAAUGCCAGAAGAAAGCUGAAGAAUUCACAAACCAAAGUCUGAAACCUGCUGUUGAAAACUUCAUCUAUCGUUCUCUUGGUCUUGAUAUUGUUGACAAAAUGAUGACAAAAGAGGAGUUUAGCACACGAAUGUCCUUCCAGUAUUCAAUUUUACUGGAUCUGAUUUCAAAGGGUGACUUCAACAGCUUUAAGGAGUACGUUUGUUCAUAUGAAGUUUACGUAAAAUCAUGGACAUCUAAUAGAAUUAAGGAGCAUUUCUCCUCUCAGUCUAAUGUCUGUGAGUUAGAGGACAAACAUCUUAAGUCCUGCAUCGACCACAUAAAUGCUGCCAUUAAAAAGGCAAAAACAGAAAAGACUGACAGUCUCAGAACAUUUGUUGUCAAGAUCUGCACAGAACUUGGUGAUAAACUGGUAAUUUCCCAGGAUGCUCUUGAUGCCUUCAUGGUUCUGAACAAUGCUGACCAGAAACAGUUUGCUCUCUGGCUCAACAAGUGUGUGGAGGAAAUGACAGAAGCUCUUAGAGAAAAGUUUAAAAACACAGAGUUUGACUCUAAACUCUCACGGCUCCAUAUGAAACCAGAGAAUGAGCUUUUCACCAGAGUGAUUGGUUGUGGCAACCAGUGUCCAUUCUGCAAAAUAUCCUGUGAUGCAGGUGGAGAAGACCACACUCAACACUUUGCUUCUUUGCAUCGACCUAAUGGAUUAGGUCAGUACAGGUAUGUAUACACUGGGAAACUCACGACUGACAUCUGCUCUUCUCUUGUUAUCAGUGACAAUCGUUUCAGCUGCAGUGACACAAAGAAUCAAUGGCAUCCUUACAAAGAAUACAGGCAGAUUUACCCAGACUGGAAUAUUCCUCCAGAUGUGAGCCUUGAGGCAUCAGAUUAUUGGAAAUAUGUGAUGAACAAGUACAACAAGGAAUUUGCUGAAGCAUACCUUGCAAAGCCUGCUGACAUUCCUGAUGCUUGGAAGGAAAUCACAAAAGAACAGGCAGAGAAAAGCCUCAAGAAAUCAUUCAGCAUGAAGUGAAACCAUAAUUCAUGUUUAGUUGUAAGAACACAAUUGGUUCUUGCAUGUAGAGUUAUUUUUGUCCUUUUUUUGAAAGGCCCAAUUUAAAAAUAAGGGGCAAAUUUACACGUUGGUUCACCCCUUUUACGAAAGCCAAAACAGCUUUGGCCUAAUUUACUGUAGCUCCUUAUUUUCUUCAUUGAUCAUUUAUCAUUUUAGCAUUUCGUCAUUCUAUUAUUUUAUUAACUUGUGUUUGCAACAUAUUUUGUCUGAAAAUAUCUAAACUCUUGUUGAAAGAAUGUGUGUUUGCUACUACAUUAGAUGGAUAAUUGGAGAGUUUCAGUACAAAUUUAUUGUUCAUUGUUAACGACUCAAUGAAAUAAAUUCUCCAUUGUUAUUACAUCAUUCAGUGGGUGAUUGCUGCAAAGUCAAUCACUGGAUGCAUUUACUGAGUUUCCUUAGAUACAAAACGUUUCACCAAAUGAAAUACCAAUCUGAACGCAGCUGAUUGGGUCAAAUUAGAAUAUAUUUAAUUUUAAAUCUGUUGAUCUGAUGUGGUUGAACUGAUUAUGUAUUUCUGUAUAUUAAAUGGAUCUGUUUUGUAUUCCAAAUUAUCUUGAGAUUACAUUUGCUAUGAAUUAGUGCUAGAACAAUAAACUUAAUUGAAUUAAGGUUGAUGUCAAAUUAUUUUUGUUUUGGUUAUUUUUGCUGUAUGGGUGCAGGAAUGUUAUGAAAUAAAUGUUCUUAUAUAUAUUUAAUUUGUUUGAUUGGCAUAUUCAGUGUCAUUUCCAGAUAAAGUGUUUUGUUUGCAUAAAAAUGUCAUUUAUUUUUUUCCUUUUUAUCAUUUUGUCACAUUCAUAAGGAUUUAGGGUUUAUAAACAUCUAGUUCUGGGUUUUAUCUUGAGUUUAUCUCAGACUUCAUUCAAAUGUAUUUAGGUUUUCAUCCUCAGCAUUUUUCAUCAAAUGUAACAGAAAAAUUCAAUUAAACUCAAUUCAAAGUUUUUAUGACUUACUUUUUGUCAGAUCUCUCUAGUACUGUGCUGACUUGAUGUGUCGUUGUGCUAAUUAUGUUAAAUGUUUGUUUUUUAUUUCUAACUAAAUGUCUCAGCAGCUGAUGCUCUUUUCUUCUGUAAACAAAUGGAAAGCUGAUCAUUUUUGGUUAAAAUGAAUUAUAUUCAAUAA